AUGUGUGAAGAAACAUCAGUAUUUUUGGAGCCUCCGUUUUCAAUAGAUGCAUCAGAGAUUCGUAAUAACUUCGAAAUGAAUGGAUUUUCAGAUCUUACACGUCUAGUUCUUUACGAUGAUUGUUUAAUUAUUUCUUUUCCUACACCAGAUCGUGCAAGCCAAUUCAUACAGUUUUACAACGGCAAAGAAAUUAAAGGACGCAAAUUAGCAGCAGGAUAUAGCAAAUCUAAUACUUCUUCUUUAUCUCGAGGUCCAGAUCCAAAAGACAAGUUAUACAGACCAUCGCGUGGCGACUCUUUAGGUCCAUCACGUGACUAUCGCGAUUCAAGGUCAGAUUAUAGAGACGGACCAGACAGAAGAGAUUAUAGAGAUAUAGAUGAUAGAAGUUAUAGAGAAUCACGAGGAAUGCGCGAUAGUUAUCGCGAAUCUCACAGUCCUCGUUACAUGCGCGACCAAGACUACUCAAGAGAUUCGAUGUACGACCGUAGACCAAUGGAUAGCUAUAGAUCAGAGAGAUUACGGAACUCGAAGACAGUUGUUGUUACAGGAAAUCCACUUACAUUAACAGAACGCGACGUUUUCGACGAGUUUGCUCGCAUUCAAUGUUUUGUCAGACAAGUUGAGAAACGUGGCUCAGUAAUUUUCGUUCAAUUCGAUCUACCAGACGAUGCUGAUAAAGGUAUUUGCAAGCUGAAUGGAGAAGUAAUCAAUGGCUGCAGAAUUCACGUGGAACUCGUCGAGGAUAAGCCACUGAACCUUCCUGUUCUAAAAAUACCUCUUGUUAUCAUGGAAGAUAAGGCUGAUAAAAAGUUAUAA